AGACGCAUCACCCACCACACUAGUAUCCUCGUUUGAUAUGCAGGUGCCCUUUUCCUUCUCCUGCCGUCAUUUACUGGACGCUUGUUGCCCGCAUCCACCCCAACCAGAUCCGUGCGGGGAGAAUUUGACCUCUUUGAUUGUUUAUACCGCAUCAAAAUACUAAACACACCUCUGGGCCUAGCUCAGAGGGAACGGGCGAGGCCGUUUUUCCAAAGCCAGGCCCGAGCGAUGCAACUCGAGGCAUGUGGGCGACGGCAGUCUCGAGGCGUCGAGUUGUUUCGCAAAGCUGCGGCGUAAAUUACCCUCACCACUCUCUCUCCCCUAUCCCCACUCUCACACCGGCGUCGAUCACCGUCUUCAGCACCGCGCCGGCAGCAGCUCAGCAAUGGCGAUCGAGAGCGCUCCUUGGAAAUCACAAGGGCAAGCAGGUGGUUUCGGCAGAAGAGAAAGGCAAGGAGGUGGUGGAGCUCCCCAGCACCCCCAAGCGGUCCAGGAACUUCGGUCAUUUCCAUGUCGAGGCCGGGCCAACCCACUUCUAUAAGGUCAUCCUUGCUCCGAAUCUGGAGUGCCUGUUGAUGCCACUUGACUCCACCAAGCACUUCUUCGUCGUCCCUAAAGAAUUCAAGCUGGAGACCAAUACUGGCUGCAAUUAGAGGGUGUUGGUACGGGUGAUGAACGACAGAGUCGCCCUUGAUAAGGGUUGGACCCCCUUCGCCGCCGUUCAUCAUAUCAAGAUUGAGUACCUAGUCACUUUCAAGCUGCUGACUCCAGACAACAUGAGGGUGAUCGUCUUCAACAAAGAAGGCGUGGAGGCCGACGUGGCCUUCACGAUGGAUGCCUAAAACGUUUACUCUUACCUGGUUUGCUUAGCAUGAGACUGUUUGUUUAAAGCUCUGUUUAUCGUACUUGUGUUGCUAAACUUUGUUUAAUUCUGUGGCACUAUAUUGAA